CAUACGGGAUAAUCAAAACAUUAAACUAGCAAGAAAUGAACUGAAUCUACAACUAUCGAAUUCCUUCGAAACAUAAAAAAAAAUAGAAUGGACCUCACGAAAAAAAGUAAAUAUAGAAAAAAGAAAAAAUUCAAGAUAAUUUCUUCUCUUUCUCUAACAGAGGGACAAAUAGUCAAUUUUGAAAGAACUUAUUGUCAACCGCUUUCGGAUAUGAAUCUAUCUGAUUCAGAAGGGGAGAACUUGCAUUAAAGUAGCCUUCGUUCCAGUUCCAUUUGAGUGAGGAAUGAAGUUGCUCGAGUGAAAGGUGAGGAAUGCAGUUUUAGUCCCAAAGCUGAGUUGAACGAGCCGGAAGCUCUUUGGUCCAGAGUCGUGCGCGCCAAGUACUUUCGGCGGUAGGCUGGACCCUAAUAAAGAAUGAGUGGUAGGACUUUUAAUACGUGGAAGGGAAUUAUACGUGUUUGGUACCUAAUCCUGGAAGGAACAAUGUGGAAUGUUCGUUGCGGCCACUGUUUUUUUUCUUUUCCAAUAAGCUUAUGAUUAGAUCAUUAAAAAAGACCGGGAUUCCUUUUUAUGUAUUUUUGUCUAUUGUUUAUUUGGGUUUUGUACGGAUAUGGUAGAGGGGUUAGGAUCUCUAACCCUCCUCGCCCACAACCGGCCAAAAAGGGAAGGACCUUUCCCCCUGGAGGUAGGAAAUUCGUGAUCGGGAUAGCGGACCCAAAGCUAUGGAACUUGGGUGUGGGUCUUUUGUCGAAAUAGAAUGGCCUUAUUCUUCUUUUUUAUCAUUGCCGUCCUAUUGAAACCAAAAAAGAAAGGUGUGCCUGCCAUCCACGCUAGAAUAAAUGGAGUUUUCCGAAAAAAACCUGCUAGUGGAGGGCCCAUACGCUUCGCGCGCGGGAAGGCAAGGAAGUGAACUUCAUGAGACCGUGGCGGAGUAUAGCAGCCGCGACACGAAUUUCUUUACCUUCUCCUUUUCGUUCUCUUUCCCGACCUUUUCGUUCUUAAUCUGUUGCUUUUUGUUCUUGAUCUCCUUCUCUUUCCUCUCAUUAAUAAAAAUCCAGUAAAGUUUACACCACAUAAGACUUCCAUCCUCAUGAAGACUGCUGGUUGAGAAAGAAAAAUAGAGAUUGGUGAGGCUACCGACUCUAUUGCUGAUUCAUUUCAAUCCACAGAUGAAACUAGAUAAGAUGCUGCCUCCCCUUUAUGGUGCUUCCCUUGAUUCUCGGUCAACUAAAUCAACGGCCAACUACUGACUGAGUCAAUGUCAACUGGAUCAAUAGGAAGAAGCAUUCUUGCUGGAAGGAUUUUUUAGGAGGCCCGGAAACCUACCGAUUCGGAUUGAGCAGACAUCUGUUACGGUCGUAUUCGAUUCAAAUAAUCUCCGUUCCAGAACCGUACAUGAGAUUUUCAUCUCAUACGGCUCCUCCCUUCUGUGUAUAAUGAAAAAAAUACAUAGAAUCAAAAAGGAGUGAAAUAUUCUCAUUAUGAAUUGGGCGGGGCUAGUGUUUUUACAAUAAAUCUCUAGCCAACCUUCCUGCAAAAGAUCUUUUCUUAACAUCGAAGCUUUUGGUACUAGAUAAAAAUGUUAAGUUAACUCCAACAAUUUCUUUGUCCUCAACGCCCUUUUAAUUUUAAGGAAUUGGGCACUUCAACAGUCUUCGAUGGUUAUACAGGUAUCCAAAGUACCAACAAGGCUUUUGGAGAAAGGAGAAAAGCCUUUACCGCAUGAGGGAACGAUGUAUGGGUAUGAUUGUAUAGCCCGACUUCCUCCUAUUGAUACGGGCGAUGCGUUUAAUAACCUCAGUGGUAAGAAAGCCCGCAUAUUCAAGGGUUCUAUCAAAGUCAUUAAUACAAGUUAUGUUGAGGUUGGUGUUCAUGGGGAAGAAAUGCACCCCAUAGAGGAGCUGAGUGGUUCUCCUCAAACGGGAGAGUUUACAUUCCCAAUAUUCAGUGAUUCACAACACCUCCCUGAGUUGGUCAUCAAGCAUAAGGGUGAGUGUUCUCAUUUUCACCUUACCUCUGUUACAACGCACAUAAACUUGGAGGAUUAAAAUGUUAUUAGAGACUCUGAUAUUGGAAAAACUUCAUUAGAUAUAUUUUAUUCUAUUUCAUCUAGCAAAGCGACAACACAAUCUAAUCGGUAUCGUGCGUCAUUGGCAGAAGAGAAUGCCAAACGUGCGGAUAUAUUGCAUGCCUUGUAUAAAGUAAUAAAGGUUUUUGGGAAAAAAUAAAUAGAAAAAAUUCCUUCCUGGCCGACGGUUUGUGCGUAAGCCGCUACGGAGAAAGGGAAUAAUGCUCUAAGAGGAAUUCAACCUCAUAUUCCUCUGGCCAGCCAUGCUGCUCAAGAUAGUCUCUUUUUUGGGCGGGGCAUCAAGUACAUGUAUCUUUACAAAUUAACCAAUUUCUAAAUGCUGGAGUAGAUAAUAAAGAGAUCCCACUUCCUCAUGAAUUUAUCUUGAACCGGGAUCUUUUGGCUCAACUGUAUCCCAGUUUUGCUGAGGGAGCAACUCCCUUAUUCACCUUGAAUUGGUCAAAAUAUUCGGAAUUUCUUACUUUUCGUGGAGGAUUAGAUUUAGUAACUGGGGGUCUAUGGCUAACCGAUAUUACACACCAAUAGAAUCGGGAUCUGCUCCGCCAAACUGCGCGCCAAAUGGAUGUGUCUGCGUAGUCGAUUGCAUCUCGGCGGUGAUUUCAUAUGCUGACUUGAAAGAGAAUCUCCCGUCGCCCGAGAAUAACUGGACCUUAGUACCUCUCAAUGAGAGAACUGGCAUCUUCUUACUAACUAAACAAAGAAAGGCAUAUAGACUCACUCCCUUACUUGAAUUAGGAAUCUCAACUCGAUCUUAGCGGAUCUCACUUCCCCUCCUUCUGGUCUUAAGCACUUUCUAGUGACCAAGACUCUUCUGAUCAUCAUUGCUUUUUUGUCCUUCAUGAAAGAAAGUCAUGAUGGGAGAGGCAGCCCUCAACCUCCUAAAGUUUAGAAAGAGCUUUCUUCCCCGCCCUCACAUUCACGAGGGGCUUGACUCAACGGAUCUAUGUGGCCCUUGAAAGAGCCGGCCCAGGAGCCUACGUUUUGGCGUCCGCUUCAAAGUAUACUUUCUUUCCUCUUCCCUUACCUAUUUACUUUUUUUAAUAAAACCGGAAACUGGGGACUUUGGGUCAGGCGUUGAUGAGCACAUUGAAAUAUCCAUGUGGAUGAGAGCCCUCAUAGCCCAGGCACAACGAUGCAAUUAUCAGGGGCGCGCUCUACCACUAAGCUAAUAGCCCGUCAUGCGGGGGCCCCGCCGAGGGCUCGCUAUGCCAAAAGCGAGAGAAACCUCAUCUCUCUCUUUCCUUUUUACGUCCUCAUGUCGCCACACGAGGGGGACAUGGGGACUCCCUUUCCAUGUCUUCGGAUACAACCCAUAGGGGCUUGCCCGUUCUUUCUGCAUAAACCCUUGUGAGGAUUUCGCGCAGUUUCAGUAAUUCUUCCGCUUCCAGGACAAAUUCUACUAUUUGUGCCGCAUAAAAGCUAGCAAUAGGUUGAUGGAUCAUUACCCUGAUGAUAUAAGAUAAUAAAUGGUUACUUUGUCU